AUGAGAAUCGCCACGCUGCAAUUCGCCCCGAAAGUGGGCGAUGUCGAAGGGAACCUCGCACGAGCUAAUGAGGUGCUAAGAAACGCGGAAAUCCGCAGUCCUGCGGGGGUCGUUUCGAAAGUUGACGAGGGGUUGGGGCUGGAUCUCUUGGUGUUGCCGGAGUUGGCGCUCACAGGGUACAAUUUUCCCUCGUUGCGUGCAAUCAGACCCUACCUGGAAGUCGCUGGGCAGGGUCCGUCUGCGACUUGGGCUAAGGAGACCGCAAGGCGGCUUGGGUGUAAAGUCUGCGUGGGGUAUCCUGAACUCGCCAUCGAAGAUGAUGACGGGUCAAGUGGCGGGGAAACGGAAAAAUGCUACAACUCUCUGCUUGUUGUGGAUGAACUGGGCAACGUCAUUCUGAACUACCGCAAGGCGUUCCUUUACUACACGGACGAAACCUGGGCUUCGGAGGGUAUCCCCGAGCACGGAUUCCAGGAGCUCAUCUUUCGCAAGAACAAGAAGACUAAUAAUCCCGUCAGUAUCGCCACUUCCUUCGGCAUCUGUAUGGAUAUCAACCCGUACAAGUUCGAAGCCCCGUUUUCUGCGUGGGAGUUCGCCAACCGCGUGCUUGAUUCCAAGUCACAGUUGGUGGUUCUUUCGAUGGCCUGGUUGACCCUACUCAGUCGCGACGAGUUGGAUCUUCUCGCCCACAAGCCGGAACUGGACACCUUCAACUAUUGGGUGCAGCGGUUUUUGCCACUUGUUCGGACGAAGAUGAAGCAUGAUGUGAAUGGGGAUGGGGACGAGGGCGCCAGCGAUAGCGAAAGUGCGAAGCAGAUCAUCAUUGUUUUCGCGAAUAGGGCUGGCGAGGAAGAAGGUAGUACUCUGGCUCGGUACGCAGGGACCAGCGCGAUCAUUGCUGUCACACAGCGACCGCGCAGGGGAGUCCACGAGAGGGGUGAGGGGAGGAUCCAGGGUGAUUUGUCGACGAAUGACAAGGUGGCACAGGGAGAAGAUCCUCCGUCCUCUGUCCACCCUCCCAAUCCCUUUGACGUGAGGAUUCUUUGUUGGGAUAUGAUGGGUGCGACAACGGAGGGAGUUUGCUAUGCUGAUACAACGGCCGACCCGACCAUGGUUUUUCAGUUGGUUAAGGCGUCGGAAUCUUGA